AUGACCUUGCCUCGCGACAGGAAUGGAUUAUGUGGAAGGUAUCCUGUCUCAUCAUCAUCGUGUUUAUACCUUGUAUCGGGCUUUAUUUCUUGUUCUUUGCAUAUGUUGGAAGACCAUUGCGGGCUAUAA